CAGAUCGGCUAACGCUCCCGGGUCAAACGGUCAGCAACUCGCUCCCAAGCAGAACUCCGCAAUCUUGGUGUGAUGAAUCUCGGGAGGGCUCCGGUUCUCUUCCCUUUCUUUGCAUAACAAACCACUUCAGAGGUACAUACGACCAACUCGAACGCGACGACGAACCGACAACACACGAGCGCACCUAUCUUCGAACACGUGGAGCAAUCAUGGCGUGUUAAUCACCUAGGUACAUGUACCGACUCAAGACCGCAGCAGUACUCCCGAUCGCGAUGCGCUCCCACCGUGCGGCAUCGGGCUUGCUUGCCCUCCUGGGGGCACUCCGGUGUGCUCUCGGGGCGGAGGUGUCGGAUACCCCGACAGUCGAAGAUUUCCUCCGCAGAAACAGCGUCUCGGCGACGGUUAUCGGCGACUAUGUUUACAUGGAUGGCGGCGAGAUGUCACAGUUGUUGGACGGCAAGAAGCUGGAAACAGGCCGGGGGUCAGAUCCAGUAAACUCGACGAUUUCCAUCAACAUUGGCAAGUCAUGGACUUCUUCGGCCAUUACCAUGCGAAGAAUAAACAGGCCGUGGGGGUCCAAGGCCAACCAAAUGAUCUGGACCGACAAAGAAGCAGGGGCCUUUUACGUCUGGGGCGGCAAGUGGAUAGGGGGUAGGAACAUGACGGAAAACGCGCUAUGGAAGUUCACGGCCGACGGCAACGGCGGUGGCACUUGGGCCCUCGAGACUCCGGAAAACCCAAAUCUCUUCAACAAUCUCGAGCAGUACGAGUUUGGCGCGUUUGCCAAUACCGGCACAACGGGGUAUAGCGUCGGGGGGUUGGCGUCGGGCUGGACGAAAAAGGGUCGCAGCCAUAACCAGGUGGUGCCGGGCAUGGUCACCUUCAAUAUGGACACGAAGAUCUGGCAGAACGGAACCACAGCGUUCAGUCCUACCGACACCAUCGUCACCGCUUCGGCCGAGUAUAUCCCGAACUUCGGCCCCAACGGUCUGAUCAUGCUGUUCGGCGGAUUAUCUUUCCCACAUGAUACCAGAAGCACCGCGGAGCAAUGGCAGAACGCGGCGUCGUACGAUCUCCAAAACCUGACCUUUUUCGACCCCGAGACGAAGGACACAUACUGGCAGAUCGCGACGGGGAGCGUUCCCCCACGUCCGCGGUCCAAAUUCUGCGUCACCGGCUUCGAGACCUCGGACGGUGGUUAUGACAUCUUCUUGUCUGGGGGAUACAACUACCGUGACAAAUUUCCCUAUGACGACGCUUACGUUCUGAGCUUGCCGGGAUUUGUAUGGACAAAGCUCCCAGACCCCGAGACAGGCGCACGCCAGUCCCAUACCUGUGUGUCCGUCGGAAAGCGGCAAGUUCUGAGCAUAGGCGGCACGGACACCGGGUGGGCGCAACCAGAUCCGGCUCCGCAGGGGUUGUUGUUGUUCGACAUGACCGAGAUGAAAUGGAAGACCUCUUAUGACGCUAACGCGGCAGCGUACGAGAGGGCUACCGUUAUCGACACCUGGUACAACAACGGCUCUUUGGAUGUAGUCGAGUGGUCGUCGAACGCGGUGCGGGACAUGUUUGCCAGCAAGUCAACAACAGACCCGGGAUCAACUUCAUCACCGAGCCCCAGCCCAUCCGGCACAGGGUCGGAGUCGGAGUCCACUCCGGUUGGCGCGAUUGCAGGCGGAGUUGUCGGCGGUGUGGCUGGGAUAGCCCUCAUUGCCGGCAUCGUCUGGCUGCUCAUGCGACGCCGGAGAAAGAACAACGGCCCUGGCCCCGGGACAGAAAGUACAUAUUAUGAUGACGGACGUGACGCCCCUGAAGCCGCCAAGUAUGGUAGCCCGAUGGAGUCGACGUACAAGAUGGAACCGCAGGAGCUUAAUUCCCAGCGCCCUUACGCCGAGCUUCAUGCCCAACGCCCUUACGCCGAGCUUCCCGUCCAGCACCAUCACGCCGAUGCUACUACUGACAGUAGCGCUACCUUUACAAAUCCACUCCUCGGCCACACGGCGGCUGUCGAGAUGGAUGCGACACCCUCGAGGUAGGAAUUCGUGGGCGCGCUUUCUGCGGGAAACAUGAUAGGAACAGGAGUGGCUUUUACGCUGUAUUUAUUCAACUUAGACAUUCACAGUACAAUAAUAACAACAAGGGCCAAGGGCUCGAAUCACCUACCGA